GCUUGCUUAUUCCAAGCAAGACUUAUGAUGUUCAACGUAUCGACUUUUGACUUUAAAUAUAUACAGACGUGUUGACUUUAAAUGUAUAUAUUUGUUGACUUUUACCUGUACGCUUGCGUAUGUUUGUAGUUAGAGGAAGAAAAUGUGUGUGUGUGAAUGUGUUUGUGUGUGCGUGUGCGUGUGUGUGUGUGUGUGUGUCUGUGUGUGUCUGAUGGAAGUGGGAGGUGCGAUGUCUGUAAGAAAGCGAUCACAAGUGCUGAGUGGUGCAUCAGUGGAGGAUGGAGUUUCCACUGAGGACUAUGUUGCUUCUCUCUCUGGGGCCGCUGCUGGCUCGGGAAAUUGUUACCGGUAAGGAUAUAAAGAUGUAUCAGACAGAAGAUUUGGAGGUCAUCGAGGGAGACAGCGUCACACUCCAUUGUUGCUGGACAGCCGUCAACCACACACAGUAUGAAGUGAUCUGGUUGAAAAAUGAGGUUAGAAUUCUCCACCAACCGACAGCCGUGAGGUAUGACAGAGAGGGCUGUGGUUCGGCCCUGUCACCUGUGAACAACGGGGCCUGUGGCUGUGCCGCCCUGACCCUUCCCAAUGUCACCCGCAACCACACUGGAGGCUACGUCUGCAAGGUGACCAUGGAUAGGCCCAUACUUAUUCAGUUAAGGGGAAGCGGCACGAUGAUCACCGUCACAGAACGACGGAUCCCCAACAGCGGCACAACGCAAGAAAACUCGACUAUAGACGCGUCACUGUGGCCCCGGGUCCCCGUCGUUGUUUCACUGGCUAUAGUAAUGGCCGCUGCGUUCCUCGUCACUCUGAUCUGUUUUUGGAAGCUGCGGAAGAGAGAAGCAAGGGUGAUCUAUGAGGUUCCCCAUGGAGACUCUGAGGUGGACGGAACCAGCACCAGCUCGUCCAAAGGGUCCUCCCAGUGGUGUCAGGUACCCGUGUAUGAGUCCUUCGACUACUUUGAGCGUGUGGUGGAAAGCAAGGGCAGUGGAUGAAGGAGUCUCAAUAUGUUGUUUCCCUUGUUGGUUUUGGAAAUAUCUCUGAAACGUUCUGUCAUCUUCAGUGUCCAUCCAUGUUUUUUUUAAAUAAGCUAAUUUAAAGUCAUCCAUUAACUGAGAAAUAGCAAUGAAGCCUUAUUAGAUGUAAUUGAUGAUGAGUGAUGGUUGUAUGUAAUUGUGAAUAAAUAAUUUUUAUAUAGUAAUA